AUGGAUGUCUGCACCUUAGGCACUGAUAUCUUCCUGCGUCUCUGGGAGACUUAUGUGUCUCCAAGAAGCCCUGGAUGGAUGGACUUUUUCCAGCAUUUGGGAGUUUGCUGUCUUGUCGCUUUCGUUUCAGUGGGCCUCCUCUCUGCGGCUUUCUGCUGGUUUCUGUCAUCAGCCAUGGCGUUCGCCACCUCCUGGGUUAUCACAUGCAUCCUGCUGUGUGGCUCUAAGCACGCACGGUGUUUCAUACUUCUCGUCUUUCUCUCUUGUGGCCUGCGUGAAGGCAGGAAUGCUUUGAUUGCAGCUGGCACAGGGAUAGCGAUCUUUGGACAUGUGGAAAAUAUUUUCCACAACUUUGAAGGGCUCCUGGACAGUAUGACUUGCAACUUAAGGGCAAAGAGCUUUUCCAUACAUUUUCCACUUUUGGAAAGAUACAUUGAAGCAAUUCAAUGGAUUUAUGGCCUUGCCACUCCACUAAGUCUAUUCGAUGACCUUGUUUCUUGGAAUCAGACCCUGGCUGUCUCUCUUUUCAGUCCCAGCCAUAUUCUGGAGGCACAGCUAAAUGACACUAAAGGGGACGUCCUCCAGGUCUUGUACCAGAUGAUGACCAUGUCAGAAGUGAUGUCCUCCCUGGGUCAGAAGCUACUUGCCUUUGUGGGGCUUUUGCUGGUCCUACUCAGCACUGGCCUCUUCAUGAAGCGAUUUUUGGGCCCUUGUGGUUGGAAGUAUGAAAACAUCUACAUCACCAGACAAUUUUUUCUGUUUGAUGAAAGGGAGAAGCAUCAACAAAGGCCCUGUGUCCUCCCUCUGAAUAAGAAGGAAAGGAAGAAGUACGUUGUCGUCCCAUCUUUCUGUCUGACUCCUAAAGAAAGGAAAAACCUGGGGCUGUUUUUCCUCCCCAUACUCACCCAUCUCUGCAUCUGGGUGCUGUUUGCAGCUGUAGAUUAUCUGCUGUAUCGACUCAUUUUCUCAGUGAGCAAACAGUUCCAAAGCUUGCCAGGGCUUGAGGUGCACUUGAAACUGCACAGAGAGAAGCAAAGUAUUCAAGACAUCAUCCAUGAUUCUUCCUUUAAUAUAUCUGUGUUUGAACCCAGCUGCAUCCCAAAGCCAAAGCUCCUUCUAUCUAAGACCUGGGUUCCUCUCAGUAUUAUUCUUGUGAUAUUAGUGAUGCUGGGACUGUUGUCCUCUAUCCUGAUGCAACUUAAAAUCCUGGUAUCCUCAUCCUUCUACCCCAGCGUGGAGAGGGAGCGCAUCCAAUACCUACAUGCAAAACUACUUAAGAAGAGAUCAAAGGAGCCUCUGGGAGAAGUCACAAGGAAACUGAGUCUGUACCUUACAAAGAUUCAUUUCUGGCUUCCAGUCCUAAAAAUGAUUAGGAAGAAACAAGAGGACAUUGCAGGUGAAGACAAUCCAUGAGAGACCC